UACGCAAGCAACUGAUUUUUUUCUGAAGGCGGAGCACUAUUGUGAAGGAUGUGAAAUUGCUGAAGUGACCACACAGCUGGGAAAAACUCCAGAUAACUGCUGAGAGUAGGCAGGGACCCUCCAGCACGGAUCCUGCCUAACACUGCCCGUGUUUAGAAGUUGCUUCAGGGAGACCCCCGUUAGCAAGGCACAAAUCCACUUGGCUUUGCUUCAAACCUUCAGCCACAGCAGAAUGUUUAAAAAACUCACCAAAUUCCUUGUAAGUCAAAUGGAGUCAAGGGAACAAUGGGUCCCUGUCGAGAGCACCGCAGACCAUGAUCACUUCAAGCCUCUCUGUCUACUCAUUCAAAAAAACAAACCAAACACCACAUUCCACCCAGAUCCCUACUACCAGGAGGUAGGAUUCAAACUGGAUGAUGUGCUGCUGCCUGGAAAAGAUGGUAAAAACACAGAGCCUCUCCAUGAAGAUUCUACUCAAUUCACUAUCACAGCAGCCGAUGCUAUCAAAGGUGAGGGAGGUGUCAGCAUUUCUUUUGACCCUGCAAGCAUAGGGCUGGAACUAGAUGGCUCCUYGUGCCAGGGGAUGUCCGUCACGCCACAUAAGAAGAGUGUAGUACUGCAAUCACUGGAGGAAGUGAGACAAGAAAGAAAAAUCAACAUGGAACACUCCUUAAUCCAACAGCUACUGAGAACAGGCAGCAAUUUAUUUGUGGUCAUUGAAAUCCUCGAAGCCUCUGAGAACUGUGUCUACGUGGAAUCCACCAAGGAAGAAGGGGGCUUUUGGGCCAGGAUUUAUGCCCUAAUAUGGGGAAAGGUUUCAAGGGAGACCAAACAACGCCUGGUCGUAUCCAAGGGCUGCACCCUGGCCUUCAGGGCCAUGCCAGUGAACAUUAAAAGUGGAGCAUGGGAUCUGAUCUAUUUCUUGGCAAAACCCACAGGAACACCAAUUUGUGCAAUUGCUCAUCCCUCACAAGAAAAAUUAGGAACAGUCAUGGAAGAAGUUAAACACCACUGUCAGAUUUUCUCCAAGUUGCCUCCUGAMCUGCUGCUCAUAGUCUUUAACACCAUCAAAGCUGUCAUGAAAGACAUGAACCUCCGUAAAGAGCUCAGUCAGAAUAUGGAAGCAAUUUCCAAGGAAAAGGGUGGUUAUGAGCUGAAAACUAAAAGCCCAGACUUAAAAGACCUGUUCAGUACCUUACAGCARACUCCAAGAGAUCGWCUUGUUCUGCUGGCCAAGGGAAUCACCUACAUCCUUGAUGCUCUGCAUGUGUUCUAA